GCUUUUGUUUCUUUCUUUUUCUCCUCUCCUUUUGUUGAGUGGUGAAGACAGGAGUACAUGACCACCAACCUAUGCAGCCAACAUGAUAAAAAAGCCAACAAAAACGCAAAGAAAGAAAGACAGCAAGCUUUGUGUGUUGUGUGCAGAACAACACACAGAUCUAACCAACAUCAACAUGGGGUGACUCAAAAACAAAAACUAAAAACCACACAAUAAAAGAAAACAAAAACAAAAACAAAUAAAGAAGAUAAAGCAGCUGAACUUGUUCAUCGCCGCCACUGGAAAUCACAACUCAAUACCUCAAAGUUUCAAUUUUUGUUUUCAUUUGUUUUUGGGGGGUAAUUUUGUAAUUAUUCAGGCACAUCAGAUUUUUAUUUUUCUUUCUUCCCAUUAAAUUUUGGAAAUUGGGAACAAACUUAUCAGGUAGAAGAAACUGUGUUGUGUUGUGUUGACUUUGUGGUCAAAACACACAAAUUGCUGUGUGGUUCUGGUUUUGAUUCACACAAUCUUCCAAAGGAUUGAGUUCCUUGCAGCUGCAUCAGAAGACGAAAAGGCCGGUUUGAUUGUUUCGUCGUGAUGGCGACUCUAGCUCAUGCGAAUUCUAGGAGAAUGUAUUCAUGGUGGUGGGACAGCCACAUAAGCCCAAAGAAUUCAAAAUGGCUCCAAGAAAAUCUGACUGACAUGGAUGUGAAGGUGAAGCAAAUGAUUAAGCUUAUUGAAGAAGAUGCUGAUUCAUUUGCACGGAGAGCAGAAAUGUAUUAUAAAAAACGGCCAGAGCUUAUGAAAUUGGUCGAAGAGUUUUAUCGGGCUUAUCGGGCAUUGGCUGAAAGAUAUGACCAUGCAACUGGAGUGAUCCGCCAUGCACAUCGAACAAUGUCCGAAGCAUUUCCUAAUCAAGUUCCAAUGAUGCUGACAGAUGAUUUACCAGAGACUGAGCCACGCACACCGGAUUCGCGGCACCCCUCACGUGCAUUCGACCUCAAUGGAGCUAAUACUGAAGAUCAUGAUUCUUCUAUAAACAAAACAGGUUUAAAACACCUCAAUGAUCUUUCUAUCCCCAGAGAACAUGAAAAUUUUUCGAAGUUUCCAGAAGGAAAUGCUAGAAGGGGUCUCGAUUUUCAUGACUCACAAGAGGAUGGUGGAGGGCUAAACAAUGGAAGCCACGAUGAAAAAACUCAAGCCUUGUCAGAAUCUGAACGGGUGACAAAAACUGAGACAGAAAUUUUGGCCUUAAAGAAAGCCAUUGCUAAAUUAGAAGAUGAAAAGGAAGCUGGUUUGCUUCAGUAUCAGCAGAGUUUGGAGAGAUUAUCUAAUCUUGAAUCAGAAGUUUCUUCUGCACAAGAGAAUUCUCGGAAACUUGAUGAGCGAGCAAGUAAAGCUGAAGCUGAAGUUCAAGCCUUGAAGGAAGCCCUCAAAGAAUUACAAGCUGAAAGGGAAGCUAGUCUUCUUCGAUAUCAGGAAUGCUUGGAGAAAAUAUCUAAUCUGGAGAAUAAUAUUUCUUUUUCUCAAAAGGAUGCAGGAGAACUCAAUGAACGAGCUGCUAAAGCGGAAACAGAAGUCGAGUCUCUAAAGCAGGACCUUGCUAGAGUUGAAGCUGAAAAGGAAACUGCCCUUGUUCAAUAUCAACAGUGUCUGGAGACAUUAUCGAAAUUGGAGGAGAGGUUAAAAGAAGCUGAGGAAAAUGCAAGAAGAAUUACUGAGCAGGCUAAUGCAGCUGAACAUGAAAUCGAGGUGAUGAAGUUAGAAAUUGCUAAACUCACUGAAGAGAAGGAAGAUGCUGCUUUGCGUUAUCAGCAAUGCUUGGAGAUAAUUUCCAGUUUGGAGCAUAAACUCUCUUGUGCCGAAGAGGAAAUGCGUAGGCUACAUUCCCAGAUAAAUGAAGGGAUUGAAAAGUUACGCAAUUCCGAAGAGAAGUGUCUUCUCUUGGAGACAUCAAAUCACACUCUGCAUUCUGAAUUGCAGUCUUUAGCCCAAAAGAUGGGAUCUCAAAAUGAAGAACUAAGUGAGAAGCAGAAAGAGUUGGGGAAAAUUUGGAGUUGCUUACAAGAGGAGAGGCUGCGGUUCAUUGAGGCCGAAACUGCAUUCCAAACUCUUCAGGAUUUGCAUGCCCAAUCUCAGGAAGAGCUUAGAUCUCUUGCUGCCGACCUUCACGGUAAGGCUGAAACUCUGGAGAAUGUGGAAUCACAGAAGCAGGCUUUACAGGAUGAAGUACACAGGGUCAAUGAGGAAAACAAGAUUCUAAAUGAGCUCAAAAUUUCUUCAUCUCUAUCUAUGCAGAAUUUGCAGGAUGAGAUAUUGAAACUCAGGGAGACUAUAGAGAAAGUGGAGCAGGAGGUUGAGCUGCGAGUUGAUGAAAGAAAUGCUCUUCAGCAAGAAAUUUACUGUCUUAAGGAGGAGCUUAAUGAUAUGAAUAAAAGACAUGAAACUCUGAUGGUCGAAGUGAGGUCAACGGGCUUUGAUCCAGAGUGUUUCGGGUCAUCUGUGAAAGAAUUACAAGACGAGAACACGAAGUUGAAGGAGACGGUCGAGACUGACAAAGGUGAGAAAGCAGCCCUUCAUGAAAAACUGGAGAUCAUGGAGAAACUUCUAGAGAAAAAUUCCGUGGAAGAAACAUGCGAAUCCUUGCUUGCGGAGAAAUCAAUGCUUCUUGCCGAGAAGGCCGCCUUAUUUUCCCAGUUACAAACAACUUCUGAAAAUCUGGAGAAUCUCUCAGAAAAGAACAAACUUUUAGAAAAUUCACUGUUUGAUGUGAAUGCUGAACUUGAAGGAUUAAAGGUAAAGUCGACGACCUUAGAAGACACGUGCAAGUUACUUGACAAUGAGAAGUCCAGUGUCAUCUCUGAGAAAGAAACCUUACUUUCACAGUGGAACAUCACACAGCAAACACUGCAAGAUCUUGAAAAACAGCACAGUGAAUUGGAGAUGCAGCAUUUGGAAUUAAAAGGAGAGAGAGAGUCUGCACUGAAAAAGGUUGAAGAGUUACUGGUUUCCCUAUAUUCCGUGAGGGAAGAGCAUUCCAGAGUCACUAAGUUGAGUGAAAAUGAAUUGGCUGAGAAGGAAUCACAAAUUCAUGCUCUACAAGAAGAUGCAGAUCUCCAGAAGAAGGAAUAUGAGGAGGAACUGGACAGAGCAAUGCAUGCUCAAAUAGAAAUUUUUAUCUUGCAGAAAAGUAUUCAGGAUUUGGAGAACAAGAACUUUUCCCUUCUAAUUGAGAGUCAGAGGCUUUUGGAGGCAUCAAAGUUGUCCGAGAGAAUGAUAUCUAAACUGGAGACCGAAAAUGUUCGGAAACAGGAUGAUGUGGAUUCUUUGUCUGAGAAAAUCAGAAUACUAAGAAUUGGGCUGCUUCAGGUACUGAAAACUCUCAACACUGAUGGCAAACAUUUGCAUGAAGAUACGCAUGAAGAAGAUCAGAUGCUUCUAAACCGUAUACAUCAAAAGCUUCAAGAUGCAAAUGAGUCCUUUGACACAGUUUUCAGUGAAAGCCAGCAAGUGGCUGUUGAGAAUUCGGUUCUGGUUAUGUUCCUUGGGGAAAUGAAACAAAAGUUAGAGAAUCUUGUGACAGAAAGAGAUGCACUCGACGAGGAAUUCAAGAUCCAGUCGAAGCAGUUCUUGGCAUUGCAAAUCGAGGUCCAGAAGAUAUUGGAGAAGAAUCAGGAGUUGAAGUUGACAAUAUACAAGGGAGAAGAGAGAAUGGAAAUAAUGACAUCCGAAAUAGAGAAUCUGCGAAAACAGGUGGCAGACUUGGAAGAGGGAAACAAAUUCUUGAAUGAAGAAAAUAGCAAAGUAUUCGAAGAGAAGAAGUCCUUGACAGGAAGAUUUCUAGAUCUUGGCGAAGAGAAAAGUAAGUUGGAAGAAGAAAUGUGUUUUGUGAUCCGCGAGAUAAUAGCUCAGUCUAAUAUUUCUGUGAUCUACGAGAACAUUAUCUUCGAGAAACUCAUGCAGCUUAAAGAAUUAGAUGAAGAUCAUCAGAAGCUUUGUUCGAUAAACAAUGACCUUGAAGAGAGAUUGAAACUAAUGGUGGGAAAAUUAGAGCAUUCAGAAAUGGAAAAUUCACAUCUCAAAGAGUUAUUUGUGAAGUCAAAUGUUGAAUUGAAGUUAGUUGAAUCUGUCAAUGAUCAAUUGAGUUGUGAGAUUACAAAUGAAAAGGAAUUGCUCUCCAGAAAGGAAAAUGAGCUUUUGGAAGCAGCCACACUGUUUAAUGCUUUGCUCGCCGAGAAAACAGAAUUGCAUAGAAUGGUGGAAGAUCUGAAGUUUAAGUAUGAUGAGGUGACUGGGAUACUUAAAGACCAGGCGAAUCAAAUUCUGAAAUUAUCCUCGGAUAAGGAUUGCCAAACUGAAGAGCUCGAACACCUUUGCGAAGUGAAUCAGAAGUUGGAGAAUGAAAUGAGGCACCUGCAUCAACAACUUGGUGAAACUAAGUUGAGAGAAAAGGAGUUGAGUUAUGAGGUGCAGAAGGGAACGGACGAGAUUGAAGAAUGGGAAACUCAGGCUACAACACUCUAUGCUGAACUGCAAAUUUCUUCUGUCAUUGAAACAUUGUUUGAAGGGAAGGUCUGUGAACUAUCCGAUGCGUGCGAGAAUCUUGAACGCGAAAACCACUCUAAAGAACUGGAAAGUGAGCAGCUGAAGGAAAGAGUUAGCCAGUUGGAAGGCGAAAAUGGAAGACUGCAUGGUCAGUUAGCUGCUUAUGUCCCGGCAGUUGCCGCUUUAACCGAUAGUGUAACAUCUCUGGAAAUGCAGACUGUUACAAAUCAAAAACCUCAUGGCGAUGAAGAAUCUAAGGUUCAAAAGAUGUUGGUAGAUCAUGAAAACACGGACAGUGGUCAACAAACAAGUGAAGAUCGGACUGUCGUGGCACCGGAUGCACUCGCAGACCUGCAGAGGAGGAUCCUGGCAAUUGAAACAGCAGUGAAGCUGAUAAAUGAAAGCAGGCAUGCUUCUCAAGCGAAUGAAGCGAAUGAGAAUCGGAAUGGAGCCGCUUCAGACCUGAGAACAGGGAAAUCAAGGCCAGAUGUUCCUGUAACCGAGAUUGAAGUUCUGCCAAAAGACAUCAUGCUUGAUCAAAUCUCUGAGUGUUCAUCAUAUGGGAUAAGUAGGAGAGAUACACCUGAGGCUGAUGAUAAGAUGCUCGGCUUAUGGGAAAGUGCCAAUACACCGAAUUUCACGGAUGAACCGAGUGGCUACAAUCGAAGAGGAGCAACCAAGGAUUCGAAAAGUAAGCAUCCUUCGUCGGAGUCUUUGGUGGAAAAGGAGUUGAGUGUGGACAAAUUAGAGAUCUCGAGACGAAUGAAGCAGGCACACGAGGAAGGCAACAAGAGCAAAGUUCUAGAAAGGCUUGAUUCCGAUGCGCAGAAGUUGAUAAACCUUCAAAUAACCAUACAAGAUUUGAUGAAGAAGAUGGAGAUUACUGAGAAAAGCGCAAAGGGAAAAGGUGUUGACUAUGAUGCUGCGAAAGGACAACUUGAAGCUGCUCAAGAGACCGUCACGAAGCUCUCCGAUGCCAACAGUAAGCUGACAAAGAAUGUCAAAGAAGGUACAUUGUCUUCCGGCAGGAAGGACUCGGCAGACUUGGAUGAGAGCGGAAGCGUCGGCAAAGAGAGAGGAGUCUUGGAACAGGCACGGCGAGGAUCCGAAAAAAUAGGACAACUGCAGCUAGAGGUUCAAAGAUUGCAGUUUCUGCUUCUGAAACUUGAUGGUGGAAAAGAAAACAAGGAGAAAGCAAGAUUCAUGGAUCGAAGUCCUCGAGUACUUUUGCGCGAUUAUCUCUACGGCGGCGCAAGAAACAACCAGCAGAAGAAGAAGAAGAAAGGUUUUUGUGCAUGUGUGAGACCUCCAACCAAAGGAGAUUGAGUUAGCAAAACCAUUUUCUCGGCAUAUUUUUAGCAUAGUAUUAUUUCAAAUAACAUGAGACAUUACAUUUAGCUUUCUUGUUUGUAAAGUUUCCUUUUUUAUAUAGAUGGUAUAAAUGAUCCUUACAUGUUUUGAUCCUUUUGUACAUUUUGUGCCUCAUAUAUAUUCAUAAGAAGAGGCUAAGAUGGAAUUUUCACCAUUUUGUUUUUCUCUCCUUUUUCUGAAUAAUUCCCUCCAAUUCUUU